CAUUUCAAUAUUAACUGUUUACCAGAAGAGAAACAGGUUUGGGGUGCGGGUGCUGAGCCUGUCUCUGUGUAUGAGCAACAGCUCUUUUGCCCUCUGUCCCUCACAGCCACAGGUCAUUUCUCUGAGCUGCCUGGAACAGCCCCAUGCUAUUGGCACCAGCCUGACCUCAGGAGGGACAGGUCUGUGGAUGUGCUGCACUCUCUGCUUGGGCUGGGGUGCAGUGACGAGGCUCAGAGCUGUGCCUGCUGCCACUCUCACCCCACAACAGACUUGCUGAAGGAUUCCUACCCCUCCACACAGCAAUAAUAAUGACCCAGCUGCAGUUUAAAGAUGCUUUUUGGUGCAAGGAGUUCACCUUCCACACUGGCUACGAGGUGCUCGUUCAGCGGCUGCUGGAGGGGAAGAAGAUGUGCAAAGAUGUGGAGGAUUUGCUCAAGCAGAGAGCACAAGCAGAAGAGAGAUAUGGGAAAGAGCUGGUUCAAAUAGCCCGAAAAGCAGGAGGACAAACAGAAAUCAACACACUGAAGGAAGCGUUUGAGAUGCUCAAGCAACAGAUUGAAAAUGUUGGAAACUCUCACAUCCAGCUGGCAGUAAUGCUGAAGGAAGAACUGAAAGGAAUAGAGGAGUUCCGAGAAAGGCAGAAGGAGCAAAGAAAAAAGUACGAGUCUGCAAUGGAGAGGAUGCAGAAGAGCAAACUGUCCCAUUAUAAGAAAACCAUGGAGUCCAAGAAGAGCUACGAGCAGAAGUGCAGGGAGGCGGACGAGGCCGAGCAGUCCUUCGAACGCACCAGCGCCACAGGCAACCCCAAGCAAACAGAAAAGAGCCAGAACAAAGCCAAGCAAUGCAGAGAUGCAGCAAAUGAAGCAGAGAACGUUUACAAGCAGAACAUUGAGCAGCUGGAUAAGGUCAGGACAGAGUGGGAGCAGGAACACAUCAAAACCUGUGAGGUCUUCCAGCUGCAGGAGUGCGACCGCAUCACGAUCCUGCGCAACUCGCUGUGGGUGCACUGCAACCAGCUGUCCCUGCAGUGUGUGAAGGAUGACGAGAUGUAUGAAGAUGUUCGGGUCAGCUUGGAGAACUGUGUUGUAGAGUCAGACAUAGACUACUUCAUUAAGACAAAAAUGACAGGAACACAACCUCCAGAUGCCAUAGGCUACGAGAGCUACUACAGCCGGGAGCGCAGCUGCAGCCCCAGCCCGGCCUGUGGCAUGAUCAAGAGAUUCUCUGGACUACUGCAUGGGAGCAGCAAAAACAACACAGAAACUGCCACUCCUUCAGCCCCUCCUCUGGAGAGAACAGAAGGAGUCUAUGCAUCCAUCUUUGUAAAUGAAAAAGCUGAGAUCACAUCAUCACAGGACUACAGAGUGCUUUAUGACUACACAGCCCAGAACACGGAUGAGCUGGACAUCAGUGAGGGGGACACCGUGGUUGUGAUCGCGGAGAACGACGACGGCUGGUGGACAGCAGAAAGGAACGGCCAGAGGGGCUUCGUGCCAGGCUCCUACCUUGAAAAGCUUUGAUGAAAAGGAGCCCCAGUCCUCAGACUUUACAAAUAUUCUAUUACUGAAAACAAUCAGCACACAAGGUCUGCUUCAGGACCUUCAAGAGCAUCCCAAUAAUAAUGUUUUCUACAACCACCAGUCAGGAAAUAACCAACUGACCAUGCUUUUCUCUCCCUUGCUCCUGCUUCAUGCCAUUAUUCUCCUGGCCUACACUAUCUGGAAAACCUCCUGAGAGAUUAGGACUUGCAUGUUUUGGCACAGUCACUCAGCACACUGUGCUGCCAGCAGUGUUUCAAAGCUUGGUGAUCCUGGGAGGAAAAUCCCACCCAGAUCUCAGCUGUGCAAAGGGAAAGAUCACAGAAGCAAGUGCAGUUUCUGCAGGCUGGAGAACUGUCCCCAGCCAGCCUGGAGCCACCCUUAUGGUCAUGACAGCCACAUUCUCUGCCAUGGAUCCCUUUCUCCCCAUGCACAGGCCAUGCUGGCAUUUUUGACAGAGGAUGGUUUAUCAGUCACGGAUGAAAAUACAAAAAACAGCAAAUGCACCCAGAGAGGAGCACCUGAAGGACCAGGACACAUCCCUUGUAGGAAAACUUGAUGCACUCCCCAUCACAACCAUCUCCCAACACAAUGGAAUUCAUGCUAGCCAUGGGCUCUGCUUUGCUCUGCAUUCUGGGACAGAUGAUGGGCCCAAGGCUUGCUUUUUCCUUGGCUGGAAGGUUUCCCUAACACCUCUCUGGGAUUAUGAAGUUUAAAAAUCCAACAACACAAACAGCAGCUAAGCCAAGCCUCCAGCAGUGCUGCACUGCCCUGAUUCCUCUCCUGUGAGCCCCAGAGAAUUGCCAAUCACCUCCCCUGCAAUGUCAGCAGGGCAGCCUCCCCUCCCUUCCACUGCUCAGCCCCUCCUGCCCAGGCUGCUCUGGCUCCCUGGGCUGCCUCAGCCUCUGCACCUCUGUGAUUGCUGCCACAGGGACACCCUGGGCCCUUUCCAGCCCCCUCUAAUGUGCUCAUUCUGCAACAAAACCUCUUCAGAGGUGUUGCACUGUGCAGGUUCACUGUAUUUCACAGAUUUCAGCUCUAUCAGUCUUUCUAGUUUAAUAUUUAAGAAU